CGUCUGUAGGAGACCAUCAAAAGUCUGUAAACUACAGACAUAUCUGUAAAUCUGGCAUCGCUGUUCCACAUAAACAAACACAAAAGGAGAAAGUUGUGCAAGGAAAAGAACCGACGAAAACAUUUCGGUUUUUUUUUGCACGUAUAUUUCGGUCGGCAACGGUGGUGCGUGUUUGCGAAAAAGUGCACGGCCGGUCGGAAGGUAAGUGGCAGGAAAGAGGAAGUUUUUCUGCAACGCAACAGUCAUUGCGACUGCCGAUUCCAACGCGAAAAGUCGAAAAUAUCCAGGCAAAUAGUAAGGAUAGGUCGUGGGAAGGUCGACAAACUUCCAAACCGGCCCAGCAUAACGAUGGAAUACCGUUACCGGUGAAGCGGAUUAUUCAUUUUUAUUGGCAUUAUUCGAAGUGGAGAAAGAAAAAUAUACCGUCAUCGCUUCGCCUACUGCGUAUCAGCAAUAAAGGCUCAAGGAAAAUUACAGUUUGCUCAAUAAUAAUCACCGAACGAUGGCACUGCUUCCGCCGGAUCCAGUUUACUGUCUCAAAUCACCGGAUCUUAGCGCAUUCCAUUCGCUGUGCUUCCAUACUUCCGAAAGACUACACGCAGGCACUACCAAAGGCACCGUCCAGCUGUGGGAUCUGCAGAGCAACCGCACCAACUACCAGCUCUCGGUUGGGACCAGCCCCAUCAUCAACAUCACACACACCGAAGAUGCCUUGAUCACUCAGGAAAAGGAGGGCUACGUCAAGCUGUGGGAGCUGACCAAUUCGGCGUAUGUCCUCCGUCACGAGGUCAGCACCAAUCAUGUGGGUUUUUGUCGUUUCGUUUACCUCGGCACUCCUCAGCGUAGUCCAGCCAACACACCGACGUCUGUGAUAAUCCCCAAGGGGGGAUCAAGCAUUUCAAUUCUCUGCGGGCGUACCUUCUGCGAGCGUCAGAAGCUGACCGCUGGUGAUAAAGCGCAUCAAUCUCGCCUGCCCCCAUUGGGUACGGUGAUGUGCUUUAAGCCAAUCGAGCUGCAGGGAGGCAGUUACUUACUUGCCGGGUACGAAUCCGGUACGAUUAUUCUCUGGGACCUGAACACGUCGAAACCGAUAAGCCAUAUCCAGCUGGAUGGCGAAGAAUGUCUAAUGGACCUGGACUACGAUCCAGUCACAAACCGGGGCAUCUGUGGAGGAUCUUCCGAUAAAAUCACCGUCUUCUCGCUCGACCGCAAAACGUUGGAGCUUUGCCGAAAGUCUGAAAUAGCAAUAAAAAAUGCUGGCGUGCAUCGAGUGAGGAUCCGCAAGGAUUUGAAAGUGUUUGCCAGUGCCGGCUGGGACGGAAGGGUUCGCAUAUUCUCUUGGAAAAGUUUACGCCCACUGGCAGUGCUGACCGAGCACAAGGGUGAACUGAUGGAUAUUGUCUACUCGGACGAGAAGGUGUCCAUGUGGAAGGCUGUCAUCAUGGCGGCUGCCGGUUCCGAUGGGCAGAUUUCUCUUUGGGAUCUGUACAACUGAAGGAAGGUUCAGGAUGGAAUGAGGUUAUAUGCUUGAGUUACUGGAAGAUGUACGUGCUGCUUUUUUAUAUUUUAUAUAUUUCAAUUUUUAUUCGUUACUUACUAGCUUUCCUCAAUAGCUGUUUUGAGUAAACUGCCGGUGAUGCGGCUAUUACAAUUCUAGUUAAAUUAUUACUGUAUGUACAGUUAUAAAUAUAUAAAGAUAACCACA